AUGACUGAGGGGAAGCUUCCGGAUCUAUCCACCUGCCUUGAAUUUUGCUUGAGUGCGAAGAAAAAUCUGCUGUUUUUCUACGGGAAGGGUCCUGAUAAAUAUGGUGAAAUUGACGUGGAACGGCAAGCAAACGCUGUGAAAAGCCUGGUAGAGCAUAGGUUCUCGCUCAAUAAAAUAACUUGUCGGGUCACUAAUCAAGUUGCGCAGCGAAAUGAGCAGCAAUUAAGUGGUACGGAGAUCUGCAUAUUUACUGGAAUGGAAACCUUGGAUGAGCAUGAACAAGCACGUCUGGUGCAAAUCACCGCUCACAAUCAAAACUUAGUCCUUAUUGCAAUGGUUCCAUGGGAGUCGCGAAUAGAAGACGGAGCGCGUAACCUUGAUGCGGACAAAACUCUCAGAAGCAGUAUCAAUCUGAGAGAUUGGCUAAAACACCGAUUUUGGCUAGCAUGCUAUGAUCUGCAUAGAAGCCAUUCCAUUCCAUCACCUAUAGAAAUUGAAGACUUCAAAGCCAUAGAUGCUCAAGUCUGCUGCAAACACUUAAUUCGUCGAUAUAUCCUUGAUAUCAUCGUUCACAUCAGAAUGCACAGGUUGUUAGACAUUACAAAGGGCGGCGGUGCCCAUACAGGCUCGUUGCACGAUAUCGAGGCUCUGGCCAAGCUGAUAAGCUACUACAAAUUCGCCAAGAAGUUUGUAACACCGGAUCACGUGAAAAUGGCAUGCAUAUGGUACUUCCCGCUUCAUUUGGAGCUUGUUAGGAACGCCUCUAUGGAUAUUUCUGUGCUUUAUGGUAGCAGGCCAGAUAUGGUCGACGGGUUCCUCGAGAAAAUUGCACAGCUUAAAGUGGCUCAAUCGAACAUGGCUCAGAAUCCACUGUUUUUAGAGACGCUGGUUGUUAAAGAUGUCCUUAAGAAGGUCGUUCCUCCCGUUUGA